CAGGAGAGGAGGAGGAGGGACCCUUCUCGGCUUCGCCUAUAAGUCGGAGAGCGCGGGCUGUGAUUUGAGCAGUCUCCCAGUCCGGGGCCUGAGGGCAGAUCGGUGGAGAGACCACUGUGUAAAACAGCGGCCCCGGGGGCAGUAAUGCGGGACUCCCCAGAUCAGGCUGGGAAGAGCCGGCGUCGAUUAAGGAGGGUGACUGGGCCAGGGGAGCGCCCGGCUGCCUGCUGGGGGGAGCUGUCCGCGGUGCUGGAGCGUGCGGCGGCGGCGCCGAGCUGAGCUGGAAGCCAGAGAGCUCUAGCCCACUGGGGGAGGCAGGGGCACCCGGGGACGAGAGGACCAUGUCUGGAUUGCGGCUCCUCAGUCCGGUGGAGGCGGGAACCUACGCCACCCACCAGCAGGCUUCUUGAAGGCAUCACUCCCACCCCCAGCUGCCCCUCAGCCAAACACUCGCAUCGCCAGCCCCUCUACUCGCCCCCCUGCGAACAUGGAGAGCCUCAACGACGUGCACAACCCGCUGCUGGCCAGGAGCAACGGUCACCUCGCCAACUCGUACCCAUUCCGGGAGGACUCCCCGACUUGGGACUGCCAGCAGAAGCUCUACUCCUACUUCUUCGGCGGAGCUGGCCAGGCCAGAGCCCACCAGCUGUUAGACGCGGGGUCCCUGCAGCUGGCUGUCGAGGCACUGUACGGGUCCAACUUUCUCCUCAUGAAGGACAAAACGAAGGAGUGGAAAGGAGAGAGCUGUGAGACCACCUUCACCGAAGGCAAGGAGUUCCAAGCCUGUCCCCCCGAAGAAAUCCAGAAACCCGGCCAGACUGAAGAGGAGGCCAAGAUUCAGACAGUAUCCUUUGAAGUGGAAGAUGAGUUUCUGGAGGUGGAGGAAGAAGAUGAUGAUGAGAGUGACUCCUCCAGUGCCAGUGAGAGCGAAGAUGGUUUUCUGACUCUCCCACCUCGGGACCACCUCGGGCUAGCCAUCUUCUCCAUGCUCUGCUGCUUCUGGCCUUUGGGCAUUGCUGCCUUCUACUUCUCACAAAGGACCAGCAAGGCCAUCUCCAAAGGGGACUUUCACCUGGCCAGCACAACUUCUCGACGGGCCCUCUUCCUGGCCAUCCUCUCCAUCACCCUUGGCACUGGUGUCUACAUUGCAGUGGUGGUGGCACUGGUGGCUUACUUGUCCAAGAGCAGCCAGGGCUAG